AAAAACUGAUUUUUGUCUCAGGGGUAGCUGUUUCCGUUAUCUCUGAGCAAUGAAGCACAGCUGCAAUAUCAGCCAUAAAAUUCUGGGUUCCUUGAUAUUGAUACUCAUAUUCAAAUUGCUCAUCUACAAUGGAGAUUUCAAACACGUUGCAAAUUCAGUUUUCUUGGGAAAGUUCAGAUUUCCAGGAAACCUUGAGGAACGUGAUGAAGAAGAAGUUAAGCUACCACCAAAAGACUGUGAUCUCUUCAAUGGGAAAUGGGUUUUUGAUAAUAUAACCCAUCCAUUAUACAAAGAACAUGACUGUGAGUUUCUCUCAGAACAAGUUACUUGCAUUAAAAAUGGAAGAUCAGAUUCUCUUUAUCAGAACUGGAGAUGGAAACCCAGAGAUUGUUCUUUGCCCAAAUUCAAAGCGAGAUUAUUGCUUGAGAAACUCCGGGGUAAAAGGAUUAUGUUUGUGGGGGAUUCACUGAAUAGAAACCAGUGGGAAUCCAUGGUUUGUCUACUUCUUCAAUCUGGUAUUUCUAUUGGGAAGAAGAGCCAUGAAAAAUCCGGUUCUUUAGUUUUUUACCGCAUUCAGGAGUACAACACCACAGUGGAGUUCUAUUGGGCACCAUUUCUCGUCGAAUCGAAUUCGGACAAUCCGUGGCAACACAGUAUUAAAGACCGUAUAAUCAAGCCGGAAUCGAUCAAGAACAAUGGAGAUGAUUGGAAAGGUGUAGAUUACUUGAUUUUCAACUCAUAUAUUUGGUGGAUGAACUCCGGAUAUAUGAAAGUCCUGCAAGGAUCGUUUGAUGUAGAACCGGUGGAAUACAUUGAAGUCGAACGGCCUAUAGCUUAUGACAGAGUUGUGAAAACAUGGGCUAAAUGGGUCGAGGAAAACGUCGAUUCGAAGUUCACGUCGGUCUACUUCAUGAGCAUGUCACCUACUCAUUUCAAGAGUUUGGAUUGGGACAAUCCUGAUGGGAUUUUAUGUGCAAAGGAGAGUCUUCCGAUGGCGAACUUGUCGAUUCCUCCACCAAAUGUUGGCACAGAUCAUAGAGUAUUGGGGAUAGUUGCAGAUGUGAUUCAAUCCAUGAAAGUACCUGUUAACUUCGUCAAUAUUACGGCCAUGUCCGAGUAUCGGAAAGAUGCACAUACAUCGGUUUAUACAACCCGGCAAGGGCAGUUGAUGACACCAGAGCAGCAAGCAGAUCCAGCUACAUACGCAGAUUGUAUACAUUGGUGCCUACCAGGGUUACCUGAUACAUGGAAUGAACUCCUCUACGCACAUAUCAUUUUACACUCUUGAUCACCUACAAUUUAUUUUCGUUUAAAAUAGGAAUUGAAAAUGAUUUGUUAAAGAAUUCUUGAACUUGGGUUAACUGUCGCAUGAAAUAU